AUGAUCUAUAGCCAAAUACCUUAUGGAACACUGUCGGUAAAAGAAGUUUCGGGAUCCACAUCUACUACGUUUUGUAAUGUCACAAUCAAUUAUGCCCAUCUCGGACAAGAUAAUCACAUCGUAGUAUGGCUUGGAUUGCCUGAUAAGUGGAAUGGUCGAUUCCAGGGCGUAGGGGGUGGCGGCUAUGCUACGGGUGAACCGUCACGUAUGGAACCCGCUAUCUCUAAGGGGUAUGCGACAGUGGCUACGGAUGGUGGACAUAAUCUCCAGAAUUUUGCUUCCGUUGCACUUCACGAUAUGACGGCCAUGGGCAAGAAGAUCACCGAAGGUUAUUAUGAUAAAUAUGUUGCCAAGUCGUACUGGUAUGGCUGCUCGACUGGUGGAAGACAGGGCCUAAUGAUGGCGCAGCGAUAUCCAGACGCCUAUGACGGUAUCCUGGCUGAAGCUCCAGCAAUCAACUGGGUACAGUUCGUUCCUGCAGAGUUCUGGCCUCAGCUCGCUGUGAAACUACUUGGUUAUAUUCCAACACAAUGCGAGCUCACUGCUAUUACCGAGGCAGCUGUGGAAGCUUGCGAUGAGCUAGAUGGAAUGAAAGAUGGUAUUGUGUCUCUGUGGGGACAGUGCGAAUUCGACGCUAUAUCAGCAGUUGGUAAACCAUACAAUUGUACUGGCAGCGUCUCUGGUACAGUUAGUAACAAUGCUGCCACACUCGUACAAAAGAUCUGGGAAGGUCCACACGACGCUGAUGGCAAAUUCCAAUGGUACGGAUUAUCUCCGGGGACACAUCUAGGCAGACCAUCAAAUACCACUGUUACCUCCUCUGGUACCCUUAGUGCCGGCCCACCCUUUGGUACCGCCUCUGCGUGGAUUUCGGUCUUCGUCAAAGGCAAUAAGACAUUCGAUCCAUACUCUCUUACGCAGGAAACUUGGGAUGCAGCUUGGCAGAACUCGGGCAAUCGUUAUGAUUCGAUCAUUGAUAUAACAUGGCAUGGAGUCGCUGACCCACUUACAUUUAUCAACGGUUCCAUCAAUUAUUAUGAGCGUAUUAGUGCCAUAGAUGCUAAUGUCACUGAUUUCUACCGCUUCUUCUCCGCGCCAGGUGUAGGACACUGUAGUGGUGGUAAUGGCGCCGCUCCUUCACGGGCACUCGAUCAGUUAGUCGAUUGGGUAGAGAGCGGUAAUGCGCCUGCAACAUUACAAGCGAACUCGACUGUUCAAGGGAAAAUUUGGGAUAGGGAUUUGUGUCUAUUCCCAUCCAUGUCAAUCUAUAAAGGCUGUGACCCAUCAAAUGCUUCUUCCUACACGUGUGAGUAG